AUGACCUAUGGAAUUCAUGCUUUUCGCAACCGAUCACUUCUAGGCUGCAUUCAGACCCAAAUCUAUGCCGACACUACUCUCAGUGAUCCUGAAAUUUGCGGUGCUCGUGUCCAAGAACUUUUAGACCGUCUUGAAAACUGGAAGGCGUCUAUUCCACCUCCUAUGCCCCCUCCCGAAAGCGGCACGCUUUCUUUCUUUACGACCCCGGAUUGGUACCAGGCCAACUAUAACCUGGUAAUUUUGCAUCUAUUUCGUGUUCAAAUAACGAACCAAAAUGAAAGAGGGAAAGCAGUCGAGGCCGUCUUCAGUCGGUGUUUAUUUGCCGCUAAGGACAUUUGCCACAGCUAUCGCCGCCAGUUUAUUGGGAAGCCUACUACUUGUACCUGGGGUGCACUGCACAAUUUGUUUCUAGCCGGCUUGACCUACCUUUAUUGUCUUUGGAUGUCACCAGAGGCACGCAGAUUAUCACGACACGACCAGAUCAGUAGUACCUGUAUUGAUUGUACAAUGGUCCUAGUGGUUUUAGCAGAGAGAUGGGCUGAUGCUGCUCCUUACCGUGACAUUUUCGAGGCGCUUGCAAGCAGCACUAUGACUAUGAUCGCAAAUAGUCAGCAGGGCGAUAUCACUGCGCAACCCUCUCAUCUUUCAUGGGAAGAAUAUUGCCCAAAAGACCUGUCACAAUGGGUGGAAAAUGUUGCGGAAAGUGGAAAUUCCUCCGGAAUUGAUCAGCUAAUGAGUGGGUUUAUGGACGAUCUUUUUCCUUCGUAG